UUAAUGAAGUAAAGGAUAGUACCAAUGUUUUAAAGCAUUCAAAAAUUUCUCACCCCAAGCCUAGUGAAAUUUCCAAAACAUUUGAGUCUGUGGAAAAACUACAAGGAGAGCAUUGUCAAGAAAUACAUGACCAAUUUAAAAAUGUUCAGCACCAUAAUCAUGACUCCCUCUUGCACCUGGACUGUGUUGAAGAGAACUGCACAGAGAAAGCAAAGAGGUGUAAGCCUGAUGAGGGGGGGAAGCUCCGAGGCAUUUGUGGUGCUGUCUUAAGUUCUCGGUUGGAGUCUCCUUCACCACAGUCACAGCCUUCAAACUCCUUAGAUACUGCAGCAGCACUUUCUCUUCUGCCAAAGGAGAUGACGCAUGACUGUAGCUCUGAAAUCACUGGAGCAGCAUCUUCCCCUGUGCAUGGACUGUGUUCAGGGCCGGAGAGUUAUACAGGUAUCCUCUGCAGUAAUGGAUUUCUUGUAAAACAUAAUAAAGCUAUAAUUGAAUUAGAAAAAGGACAGAACCCCACCACUAAUCAUGUUACUACCCCAAAAUUGUAUGCUUCUGAUCAGCCUUUUUUGAUGAAUAAUAAUUGUUCAAAUGUUCAGGCUAACAUUUCUCAGUCCAAGGAAGUUUGUUUCUCAAAGAAUGAUGAAAAAUUACUAUCUGUCGUCAGUCUCCAGAAGCAAGUGAAAGAUGAUUUAAUGAGUGCUGAAGAGAGUAGACACAAGCAAGAAAUUGAUCCCACCAACCCAGCGCUGCCAGAAAUGAGGAAAAGCUCCGUUAGUGCUUCACCAUGUCCCAAGGUGUUGGCAAAAAGAAUGAUUAGUAACAUAAAGUAUUGCAUGUUAAAAAUAAAUUCAUCAUCAGGGUCAGGUCUCCUGGAUUUUAAUAAAAAGUAUGAAUAUUUACCAAUACUUCAGGCAUCAGUGGAGACCUUUUUCAUGUCACAAAAUAACCCAAAGCAGUCUGGGACUCGGAAGUCUUUGUUCUCUAAAAUGAUAUCACAUGGCUGUGGAAAAGUAGUUAUGGAAAAAAUCAUCAUGAAAAUGAGACUCCAGCUUAUAAUAGAUGCCAACCUGGUGAAUUAUGCAGGUGAGCACCCUAUGUCUAGCAGCAUGGAGACUUUUGCAUUAUUUAUUGAUGGCCAGGUGGCCUCACCCUCUGAUCUGCCAGAGGCUCUACAUAACCCUGGGGCUAGUGUGCUAGCAAAUGGCCUCUCACCUCAGUGUGUAAAAUCACCAAUUGCCCAGCAAGUGUCUGAACUACAUUGUCCAUACAAGACCAGUAAGAUGAAAACCUUUUAUGGAGCUUCAUGCAGAAUAAUGGUCAGUUCAGGUAUAUAUAAUCACAGUCCUGCAGAUCAAGGAGUGCCCAUGAGCUCCUCUCCUGAAGAUUGCUCUUCACCUCUAGAAGCUGGACAUCAGCAACACUGUUCUCCUGUUUCUUUGAAGAAAGAUCCAAUUCAGGAAAACAUUUCGUCAACAUCUUUCAGCUCUUCACUUCGGGAAGACCACAUUAGCAAGAUACCAAAGACCACUGACAGAACCAUGUUUGUACCUAAUGAGUUUUAUCAGCCCUGUUGGGAGGACUUUCCUUACCAACACUCAUUGGAUGGACACCAAAAAUCCAAGUUCAUCCACCUCUUCCAGGGGAAGCAACAGGAUGUCAUCAAAUUAAAGUGUUUACUGGUGACCCGCAAGGAGUCCUAUGCUACCUUGAGAGACAUUGAGUUGUAUGGAGGUCAUGUGUUCGUCCAUUUCACCAAGUUGGACCAACUGCUUGCCUUCCCUCAGUUACCCAAGUUGUGUGCCUCACCCAGCAUAAGGUUUGGUGUCUAUGGUUCUCUGUCUAACGUGCUAGAGGGUAAAGUAAGAGUGGUUCUGACUGAUAUGCGGACGUUACUGCUGCUGCACCAUGCCGCCCUUCUGGACCCCAACACAGGUGAUGUUCUCAAGGCAGUGAUGAGGAGCGCCCGCCACCACACAACAUUGGUUCCCGCCAACACGCUACGAAUGUGUGCAAGCCUACUUCUUCAAAGACCAAGGACGCCUACUGAAGAAAAGUACAGACAAGUUUUGAAACAAAAUCUUACCCUUGUCAUGAAGUGUGUUGAGGCUGGUGCUGGACACAUCUUGGGGGGAAAUCAAGAGAGUGUCUGUGCCAAUCUGUCCCCUGCGUCUCCCCCUUCUGAGUACCUGAUGUGUCUCAGGUUUGUUCACCGCUGCCUCAACUUUGCUCACCGCUAUACAGCAGUCCUUAUUGGAGAAGGAUUAGAGGAGACCUGCUCCCACCAACUAUCAUUAUACCGGCUGUCUGCUGCGAGGGAAGUGCUGCAAGACUUUUCCAUGGAGGCUCCUUGUGCAAGAAACGGCUGAUUUCAAAUCAGAGUGUGGAACAAAGGUGACAAAGAUGUAUGCAUUGCACUUGGUUCCAAUAUA